AUGGAUUUGAAGAAUAAGAUUUUACAAACUCCGACGGGCAAAAAAUUAUUAUCCGAAUAUCAGUUAAAUUUACUAACAAAAAACAAUAUCGAAACUUUGCUCGACUUCCACGAUGCUGAGAACCAGAAACUGAACAAGCUGCUGGCCAUCAAACUGGAAUCAGUACUGGAGAUUAAGAAGGAGCUGGAUAUGCUGCCAUGGCAGUCGGAGACAUUUGUGGAAACUGUUAACGAGUUGGACUUUGGAACGGGCAUAGAAGAAUUGGACAAGUUUUUGGACUCCAUUGCGCAGCCGUUCAGGCGAGGCAGAGUCUGGGAAGUCUGUGGCCAGACUGGCGUGGGAAAGACCCAACUAAUGUACACCUUGGCUCUUAAUUUUGUAUGGAAACACAAACUGCAAGUGCUUUUCAUCGAUACCAAGCAAGACUUCUCCACCAAAAGGAUACAAGACAUGCUGCUGGAGCGUAAAGUGGACCAGGAAACAAGCGAGAAGGCAAUGGCGGACAUUCACGUGGUAGAAGUCCUUACAUCAGAGGAGCUCAUUGAAGUACUUAAAGCCUUCGAUCAGCAAAUGACUGACGAUGUUCAGGCUGCAUUAAAAACAAAAGUCGUUGUGGUCGACUCCCUGGCCGCUUGCUUUGUGGACCACCGAGGCAGGGAAAUGCGAAGAACGAGGGAUUCCCUCCUGACAGAGGUUGCAUGCAGAGUGAGGAAGUUAGCUGUGAGGGGCGUGGCUUUUGUCAUCGGCAACAUAUCGUUCUCUCAGGAUUCAGAUAAUUGUGACGAUGACGGCUUAGAGGAUGGCAACAGUGAUGGGUCUACGCGGCAGUCGAAUAAACCAAUGCUAGGCUCAUAUUGGAGUUCAGUAUGUACGCUGAGAUUGUCGCUGGAGCUACCGGAGAGUACAGACUGCGGCGACAGCUGCGAUGACGACGGCCUCCGAAUGGUAAAUGUAAUGACGAACACCUAUGGUCCUGCGGGAGACACUUGCUUGCUACGGAUCACAGAUGCUGGACUGGUUUAACGGCGG